AUGCCACCUCAAGCCAUGAUGGAUACCCUCCAGGACGUUCUCCAAUCGCAGUCCGAAGAGCUUGCCUUGCUCUGCGACGUCGGAUCAAUCAUCGAGCAGAUGAAGGUCCUCAGCCGCACCCGGGGUGCGAAUGUCGAGGCGCUAGCGGAAGCGCACGUCGCCGAGGUAGAUAGGCUGAAGAAGGAACACGCGGCGGAGGUCGAGCGGAUGAAGCAGCAGCACGAGACUGAAGUGCGGGGCUUGAAGGAGGAGCAUUCGAAAGAGGUGGAGAUGCUGCAACGUGCGCUGUCGGCGAAGGAUUAUGCUCUUCGCCGGAAGCACGAGGAGCUCGUGCGCAGAGUCGAGCGACCGGUGAAUGGGCUGGCUAUCCGUCAGAUGCCAAUCGACGAAGCCACGCAAAGGCAGAGGCUUGCUGCGAAGUGCGUUAUCGAAAACGAGAUCAAAAAUAGCAAGGAUGAUUACAACCGCAUCAUGAUCGAGAGAGCUGCCGUGGGAGACCAAGAAAGACGUUUCGUACGAGAAUGCCAGGACAUCCUCCGCAAAGCCAAAGCCUUCAUUUGCCGACACUGGGAUGAAUUGGAAGCCAUGCAUACGAUUAUUGGAGAUGACUGGCCUAUUUUCCCCUUCGAGGUCCGCGAGAUUUACAAGAUGCUGGAGGACGAGAUGGACGAGGUCUGCGCAGAGUACAACGAACUAGGCGAGGAGAGAAAAGAUUUGGAAAUAUUGGGCUCUAAAAUCGAAGGAAGAGUCAGCAAGCUAGAGGAGCUGCACAUCCACCAGCACGCUGCACACCUUGAAGGCCUCUUCCGCAUUGCGGGCGCUGCAGGAAUCCAGUUGGAAAGGACCUUGGCCAGGGUCCCUCGGGAUAGACCGGUGGAGGAAGAGGAAGUGGAAGAUAAGCCGGAGAGGCCUUUCUGGUGGCUGGGAUAGGCGGGUAAGCAAACCGUCAGGCAAGAAGACCCAGACAAUCAGGCAACUCGGCGGACCUAUAGGGAUACGUCGCGAAACGACCGCAGAGCUCCUCGGUAGGCUAUCGCAGGGAGUCUGUUUUCGAGCCGUUUCGUGUUAUCUCUCUUUGUUCGCGCCCUACGCGUUGAUAGGCUGAUUCCGGUCGCCCUCACACGUCGUAGCCCUGUCAAGAACUGAAGCCGACGACCGCGAGAGAAACGGAUAGCCUAUCAUCGGGUCCGACGCCUCCAACUCAAGGCUGAGGCAGAAAUAGGGCCAUUGUAGUACUCGUUCAUUAGCCGAAGCAAAGACACGUCGCAGACAGGGAGAUCUGCACUAAGAAGAAGCGGUUAGGCGGUCACCAAAUGUAGUCCGUGGCCCGGUGGCCGGUAUGGGAGGCUGGAUGUUGACGAGAGCUGCUGUGUAACCUCAGGUGGUUUCGUUGAUGAGGAUUGCAAACACACCUUAGAGU